UCACAGCCACAGCAAACGCAUCGAGUCUUAUCAACAUGUACGAGGAGGAGUCAAUUUCAAGCUUUGUGUUCAGCAACGAGGGCGAUCAGCAAACGUUUCAUCAUCAGUGGCGCGUGGAGGGGCAGUUGCAUGAGUGCAGCACCUGCCGCAGCAGCAUCGAUGCCGACGAGCCGCCCAGCCAGCAUUGGCUGCGCCGUGGCGAGCAGCUGCAGCCGCAGCUCACUAAGCAGCAGCAAGCUGUCCUGGACAUCAUAGAGGCGCGUCAGCUGGAGACCUUCUUCUUUUGCGACGAGAGUGCACAGCAGAAGCUGGACGACUUCCUGGCCGAGACGUGCAGCUCAGCAGUGCCCGAGCUGCUGCGCUGGAUGUUUCACAAUGGCACGCAGUGCCUGGAGUUCCAUGUGGCAUGCUAUGUGCUGGUACAGAACCAGGUGCACAUCUGCCAGAGCGGCACAGUGCUCGUCCAGCAUCACUAUGACAUUGAGGAAUGCGUGAGCGUUGUCUACGAGCUGCUCACACAGCGCAUACAGAACUAUCUCCGCAGCAGCCACGAUGUCGGCCUCGAUGAGUGCAGCAUUACACGCAUACGCGUUCAGCUGAAACGCAAACGCGCUGAGAGUGACACAAUGAAUUUGACCAGCUUGCCCCUGCCCCUGCAGCUCAGCCAGGCGACGUCGGGCCACAGCGGCACCAGCGAGUCGGACUUGGCCAGCCUGCGGGCGGCCUAUGUGAAGCAUCAGCGCGAAUGCAAUGGCUACUUUCCGCCCAACAUGCGUGUCAAUCUGUACGGCCUGCAGCAGUGUCAGACCACCAAGGAGUUGUAUGUGGUGCCGUAUCACAUCAGCGAGACGCUGCAGCAGCGGCCCAACAAGAAUUUUCUCAUACUGAACGAUAUUAUGGGCCAGUUCCAGCGACUGCAUGAGCUGCACACUCCCAUCGGCCCCAUUCGCAGCCGCUCUCGCCCCUACACGUGUCGGCGGUGUCGAGCGCAGUUCAAGCAGCGCAGCCGUCUGCACAUCCAUCAGCAAUUGCGCUGUGGCCAGGAUUUCAGCUUGGACAGCAUUCAUCCCGACAUCGUCGAGGUCUACGAGCAGUGCCUGCCCGUUUCACGCAGCGCCUCCCAAUACACCUGCUACGGCGCCACCAGGCCCAAGACGGUCAUCCGGAAAGGCCAAUUUGUACCCAUCGAGUGCGACUGGCGCCGCAAGAGCUCCGUCCAGGUGCAGCACGGCCCCUGCGUGGUCAUCAGCAAUGCCCAGCUUAGUAGUCCCUGUAAAUAUCUAUAG